CUCUUAUCCACAUCUCAACUCCUCCCGCCUUCAGCCUUAAACCCUAAAAGAAUCGCCAUCUCCGUCGCCAUCCGCAUGACGCCGGCGAGGCUCCUCGCCAACCUCCGCCUCCUCCAGCCUCCUUCUCUCCCUCUCCGUUCCUCCAUGAGGCUCUCCCGGUCCCUCCACUCUUCGCGCUCCCCGGCCGCCCCCUGCCGGCCCUUCCCUUUCCGCCUCCGCCACGCCGGCCUCUUCGCCUUCCGACCCAGCGGCGGCGGCGGCGGCGGCGGCGGCGGCCACGUGGCCGCGCGGGGGCUCUCGUCCCGGUCGUCUUCUCUGCAUUCGUCCGGCUCGCGGCCGGCGUCUCCCAAGAGCUUGAUCGAGGACGAGGCCGAGCUCAGCGACUGGGUCAGCCGGCUGGGGAAGGACGACUUAGUCGGGGAACCGAGUUCGGGUAGAGUCCGGGGGAGGAGCUCCGCGGAGGAGGAUUCGUUCGGGGCGAAGCGGCAGAGGCAUGGUCAGUCGGACGAUUUUGUCGGUUCGGGCCGGAGGAAGGGCCAGAGGGAUGUGGAGGGGCUUGAUUCGAGGGAUUCUAGGAGGAGGUAUGGGAAUGAGUUGGGAGAGCGUGAGAAGUUCUCGUCCCCGCGGCAGAGGUUUGAUGAUAAGUCCAAGAGUAGAAGCGGGAGAUCUUCGAUAUGGAAGAGGGGCGACAGAGAUUCUGAUUCACGACUUGUGCGGAAUGGUAGAGGAAAUGCAAAUGCUGUUCGAAGGAAUGCAGGUCCGUUGGAUAAGUACGGGGAGGGUGAGGAGGAGGAGGAGGAGAAGCAGGAGUUCAUGGGGAGGAUUGAUGAUUUGAUCGGCGAGGAGGAUAGCGAAGAAGAUGGCACAGACGACGACGACGAGGAGUUUGUGAAGAAGAGUACGAAUUCGUUGUUUGGCAAGGAAAAACAAGCUGCUGUAGAGAAUUCAAAGAGAGUCUCGCAGCAGAGUUCUGAUUCUUACUUGAGUGAAACUAGAUUUGAUCAAUGUUCAAUCUCUCCCUUGUCCUUGAAAGGAAUUAAGGAUGCUGGCUACGAAAAGAUGACUGUGGUCCAAGAGGCCACACUUCCGGUUAUACUCAAAGGUAAGGAUGUUCUGGCCAAGGCUAAGACAGGCACUGGAAAAACUGUUGCGUUUCUUCUUCCAUCAAUUGAAGUUGUCAUAAAAUCAUCGGCUCCUGCUCGUGAUCAAAAGAGACCACCAAUUCUCGUUCUGGUUAUGUGUCCAACUAGGGAGCUUGCAGUACAAGCGGCUGCAGAAGCGAAUGCCCUUUUGAAGUAUCAUCCUUCUUUUGGUGUUCAAGUUGUUAUAGGAGGGACACGACUUGCUCUAGAACAGAAGCGCAUGCAAGCGAAUCCUUGCCAGAUACUUGUGGCUACACCUGGAAGGCUCAAAGAUCAUAUUGAAAAUACUGCAGGAUUUGCAACCAGGCUGAUGGGCGUGAAAGUUCUUGUACUCGAUGAGGCUGACCGUCUCUUAGACAUGGGAUUCCGCAAAGAUAUUGAGAAAAUAAUCGAUGCUGUCCCAAAGCAGCGGCAGACCCUUCUAUUUUCUGCGACUGUUCCAGCAGAGGUUCAACAAAUGUGCCACAUUGCUUUGAAACGAGAUCAUGAAUUUAUUAACACCGUUCAAGAGGGAAGCGAGGAGACACACUCGCAGGUCAGACAGAUGUAUCUAGCCGCUCCUUUAGACAAGCAAUUUUCUUUGCUCUAUGCUCUUCUAAAGGAGCAUGUUGCAGAUGAUAUCAAUUAUAAGGUUAUUGUGUUCUGCACAACUGCUAUGGUGACCAAACUUGUUGCUGAUGUCCUUGGUGAGCUGAAAUUGAAUGUUAGAGAGAUUCAUUCCAGAAAGUCACAGUCUUAUAGAACAAGGGUUUCUGAUGAGUUUCGGAAGUCGAAGGGUCUUAUCCUUGUAACUUCAGAUGUGUCUGCACGUGGCGUUGAUUAUCCUGAUGUCACCCUUGUCAUACAGGUGGGAUUGCCCGCAGAUAGACAACAAUACAUACAUAGGCUUGGUAGGACAGGACGCAAAGGCAAAGAUGGGCAGGGUAUUUUGUUACUGGCGCCAUGGGAGGAAUUCUUUCUGUCAACUGUAAAGGAUUUACCAAUCACAAAGGCCCCUGUGCCUACAGUAGAUCCUGAUACAAAGAAAAUGGUGGAAAGAGCUCUAUCUCAUGUGGAGAUGAAAAGCAAAGAAUCAGCCUAUCAGGCAUGGCUUGGCUACUACAAUUCGAACAAGAAAAUUGGCAGCGACAAGUUCAGGCUUGUGGAGCUGGCAAAUGAGUUCAGCCGUAGCAUGGGGCUCGAUAACCCUCCUGCCAUUCCUAAACUCGUCCUGGGCAAGAUGGGCCUCAGGAAUGUGCCCGGCCUUCGAUCUAGAUAAGAUUCGUGAUUUACAUUUGUGCAGCCGAAUUGAUAGGGCAAUUUUGAAGUGCUCUCAUAGAAGACGAUUGCAGGGGCUGCAGUUUCUUCAAUGAUCUACAAUUCACCAGGUCAUUAAGCGAAUGUAUUUGUUGUAAGUCCAUGGGUUAAGAUUUUCAAAUGUACUUUUGCCCCAUUUAUUGGAACCGGGUGAACCGGAUCCACAAAAUGCGUUGCGUCCUUCA